AUGAUCUCAAGCAUCCAUUUAUGUCAACAAGAUAAUUCACUUAAUAGUAUUGAACCACUAUGUAUACUGUUGGAAAAAUUAAGUGUAACUUUACUUUCUGUUGAGAUUGCUAGUUGCAAUUGUCUUCAUAAAGGAUUAGUUUCAAAAGUUAAAGUGAGCCCAGUUUGUGGUUGGAUGAUGGAUGAGUUGACUUCAAGAUCAAACGCAAAAUCAUGCAUUGUUUAUGUACGAUAUGUUGAAGAUAAUGAAGCUAGAACAUCAUACUAUGGUUUAAUAGAUUUUCAAGGUAAUGGAACAGCAAAAAAUAUCGUUAGAACUCUUACUGACUUGUGGGCCAAAGAUUCCAAGUCGAUAAUUCCUGACGCAGUAUUCCGUGAGUUUUCAGCUGGAAAUCGCUGGAAAAAAUCUAAAAAUCCGGUUCAAGAACUCUCCGACCGUAUCUGGCUGCAGGUUCCUGUGGAUUCCAAACAGAACCGGAUUAAUUCACCGGAAUAUCAUGGAAUCGGUCGUUUCCGUGCUGGAUUGUUCGACCUGGGAUGUUUUAAACCCGAUCAACUCGUGUUGAUUGGCUACAGACAAUGCUACAACGUUUACAGGUAG